UCGACAUGUCAUUCAGAGGAAUCCGCCACCUGAAACGCGAGGAAGUGAAGGCGACUCAAUUGGGUAUAAAGCAUCAGCCAACAUCUGCCUGGAGCAGUGCAAAGCUGAUGAAAACAUCAGCUCGGAGCUCAGGCAGGACCACAAAGAUUUAUUUGAUUUCCCUUGGAUUUAUCGCUGGAGUCGGUGCACCCUGCGAGACGCAUCUCUUUUCAGCACUUAAAGUGAAUGUGACUCAACAGCCAACACUAUACUGGAAUUAACAGAAAGCCGCAGAUAUCUUAGCGCACCUGUUACCUCCACGGAGCGCAAGAUCAUGAUCCCUCCUGGAGACUGCAUGUAUGCGGGCAGAAAGAGGAGGAAGCCUGUCCAAAAACAGAAGCCAUCUUCUGCCAAUGAGAAAACCAACCCAUCCAAGCGGCACCGGGACAGGCUGAAUGCUGAACUGGACCGGCUGGCCAGCCUGCUGCCAUUCCCCCCGGAUGUCAUCUCUAAGCUGGACAAGCUGUCAGUGCUUCGUCUUGCAGUUUCCUACCUCCGCGUCAAGAGUUUCUUCCAAGCAAGUCAAGACAAGACCAGCAGGAAGCACAUCAUCAGCACAGCAUCCUCUAACCCUGAACCCAGGAAAGAGAGCCUUCCACUGGGCACCUGUGUGAACGAAAGCAGCCUCCUCCUGGACUCUUUAACUGGCUUUGCCUUGGUGGGAGCAAUGAUGGGAUGGGUUUUUUAUGCUUCCUCAACCAUGUGUGGACUAUCUGGGAUUCAUCAGACUGACGUGAUGCACCAGAAUGUGUUUGAUUACAUCCACAUAGACGACCGUCAGGAGUUCAGACGCCAGCUCCACUGGGCCAUGUGUCCUCCACAGCACCAGGGGACGGGGGCACACCAGGAUAACCAGCUAGCUGCAGGAGCUGGUGACGACUUUGUAGUGAGCAGCCUGUUCCAUUCUCCAGAGGCAGGGGAAAUCCCUCCCGAGCUCUCCUGCUUUCUCAACAGAUGUUUCAUAGCCAGAGUCCGAUGCCUCUUGGACAGCACCUCUGGAUUCUUGACUAUGCAGUUCCAAGGUCGGUUGAAGUUCCUCCAUGGGCAGAAAAAGAAGUCAACCUCUGGGGCUCAGAUGCCCCCCCAGCUGGCUCUGUUCUGCAUAGCUGUACCCCUCUUACUCCCCUCCAUCACAGAGAUGAAAAUGAAGAACAUGUUAAUGCGGGGAAAGAAUAAAGGAGCAGGAGGAGGAAUGAUCUCUGGACUGGAACAUGGUGAGCGUGGAGAACACCUCCGCAGGCACUCCUUCAAUGGAGGAAUGAGCGACGUUGCGGACCCUCUUCAGCUUUCCUGUCCCACUCCUGGUGCUUCCCAGCGAGGUCACCACACUCCCUGGACCCCACUCUCCAAAGACAACCUCAAGUACCGCCCUGAUGGUUACUAUAACCAGGAGGAGCCCCUCAACUACUGCAAGUCCUCCAUGGGUACCCAUAAAGGUCUCAGUCCAGGUGUGGGUGGUGGCUGGCCUCUGCGGCAGAACUCAGGUCCCGUCAGAGGAGGUCAGGGCGUCGGCUACAGCCCCUCUAACCGCUUGAACAAGACCGGCCAAUAUGGGAAGCCGUACCGCCUCUCGCCUAACUGUCACAGUGGCAGAGGUGGUGAAGUGUUUGUCUCCAAACUAUAUGGGAAUGUCCAGAUUCCCACAGACCCAGAUGCCUACUGCGUGGACCUGGUAAAGAGCGAGAACGGCUACGGAGAAUGCUUCGACGGCCAUCUGAUGCCCGAGAUGCCACCCAUCAAGGUGGAGCAUGACUCCGAUUCGGAGAACGGCUGCGACGCAUACGGACAACCCUGGACGUGCCGCGACCAAGUGCCCAUUGACCGUCGCUAUAGUAACGGACUAUAUGACCAGAGCUCUGGUCUGCAGCUUAAAUCAGAAGCAGAUUAUUACGAUCCACAGUAUUCACCCUGUCAGCGGGGAAAGGCUGGAAUCAGCCCACCGUACAACAACGGUAACUAUCAGAACUAUGCAGUGAACAGCGGGAACGCCAACGCACGUCUGUUAAAGUGCGACAAAGACCUGGGCAAUAACAAUGACGCCAGUCAGUUUAGUCCUCAGAGAUUCUCUCAUUCAGACUCUCUAUGCAGCAGCCAGUCUGUCAACCUCAUGGAUUCACACGUCUACUCACAGGACCCACACAAGGCCUACAUGCACUCUGACUACAACAAGCAUGCCACUUAUGAGUUCAAGGGUCACAGCCUGAUCCAUUCUAUCAAGCGGGAGCCCAUGGACUCUCCGCCAUGGUCUGAGAGUCCCCAUGACAUAAACCAGUCCAUAAUGGUUGGUUCCAAAAACGUUAUGCCAUGUGUGAUGAGUACAGGGCACCACAAGUCCAGUCCCUAUAUUUAUAUGCCAUUUUAGUGACAUGUAAACACACCUGCAGAUACUUACCUGGCUCCCCCCCCCCCCACACACACACACACACGUACACACACACACACACACACACACACUAUACUUUACACAUAAAGAAAUCAGUGUGCAUUAAAGUACUUUGUCUUAUUGUUUUCGUACACCAGCAUUUUAAAAGAGCAGUUCUUUUUUAGGGAUUCCCAGGAUGUCACAUACUUCUUCUGUUUGGCGAAGAAGCUCAGGUUCUGGUGUCAAUGUUGUGACAAUCAAAAAUAAUACAUUGAGUCCAGUUUAUGCAUAGAUGAUUUUGUUUGUAAGGAAUACACUUUGUAGUUGGUUCUAAGCACUUUUAGAUUUAGCGGCAAUGAGGCAUUAGAAGCAAUUUUCUUUUCUUUUAUAUGUUGUGGACACCUGACUUUUGUGGAAGAAACAAAGAUUUAUCUGUCAACAAAUUUUUGUUUUGUUUUUUAAAUCUUGCACAAAGUAGGUGACUUAAACCUAUGCUGAGGUCAAGAGAGGUGACAGAUUAGGUGACAGAGAGUGCUUUGGAAUCGGUGAUAACAAUAAUAAUAAUAACAACAGGUGGUGUUUGUAUGUUUUAGUGCGUUUUAGUGCUUUUCAUUGCUGCCGGUAAUGAUAUAUGAGUGGAAACUGAUUGUUUCCAUCAAUUAUUGAAUUGAACUGUGUUCAGUUUGCGACAUCGUGUUGUUUUCCAUGGCAGUAAACAAAAGUUUGAGCAAAGUCAAAUCAGUGUCACAAGGUAAAACUUUUAAACGCCGCAAAACACUUUAAUUCAUUCACGGAUUCGAAAAGUGAGACCAGACAAUGAAACAUCUAACUUAAAAUCUUUCAGAUAUCAUCAGUUAAACUCCUGUUGCACCUUCUCUCAGAAGUAAUAUUGUACAGCAUAGGUGGAGCGUUCAUGAGAAGUUCCACAUUUCAACUCAUAUCCCACUCAGGGUAUGACACAUUUCCUUUAAAAUUAAUGUAUACACCUCUCAUGUCGUCCUUUCUGUCCAGAAACAGUAGACCUUAUGUUCACAUCAGUAUUUUUGCACUAGUGAAUUAAAAGCACCAAAUUGAAUCAAUGUCAGUCUCAGUUCUGUGAAGCUAAGUUGCACUACUGGGAGUAGUUCAGUUGAAGUUCAGCGUACCCAGACAGGUUUCAGAGUCGACACGCACAACUGUACAUGGUGUCACUGUUUUGGAUUUGUCUUUUACUCUUUGUGUGUGUUCAUUUCAAUAAAUGUUUGAGGAUUUGUAUUUAUUGUAAGAGGCAAAUAAUUUAAAAAACUACAGUUCUGAAGGCUUUUUUUUUUUUUCUCUUUUACUAACGUAAAUAAAUAUGGCUUUUUUUCCCCUCCCCCCUGCUAUCAUUUUGGAUAAUUGUUUAAAAAAAAAAAAUGACUAUCAUACUUGUCUCAUGGAGGAGGUAGCUCCAAGGUAGCGAUCACAGUGUAUAUAUGCAGUGUCUUCCAAUGUUUCUAAGUGUUUUUGCAAA